AUGGAGACCGCUCACUACGUCUUCAUGGACAAGCCAUAUCCAGCAUCCAUCAUCGUGGCGUGCCUCGGAAUCAUCAUUGGCAUCAUCAACAUGCCGGCAGUACAUCAGCACUGGCAACAUCGGAACCUCCCCAUGACCGCCAUGACCGCGGCAACGGUAUACGCCAACUUCUAUCUGGCCUUGAAUGCCAUCAUCUGGUCGCACGACAACUUCGACCAUUGGUACAACGGCAUGGGCUUCUGCGAUGUCGGUGUCAAGCUGGACCUCAUGCUCAACGUGUUGUUCCCAGCGGCCAUGUCCUGCGUACUUCGACAUCUGGCCAACGUCAUGGACACGAGCCGAGCUGCAGUCAUGCAGACGACUGCGCAGAAGAGACGCGGCUACGUGAUCGACAGCAUUUGUUGCUUUGCAAUCCCAGCUCUACAAAUACCCAUCCACUACGUCGUACAAGACCGGCGCAUCACGAUCGUUAGUACCGGCGGAUGCGUACCGACUUCAGAUGCUUCGUGGGUGAGCUUUGUAUUUAUCUUCUUGCCGCCUUUGCUGUGGAUCGCGUUGGCUGCCUGCUACUCCAUCCUCAUCGCCGUGCGGCUCGUCCGGUACCGCCGCUCCUUCAACGCAAUUCUGGCAAACAGCCGCACCACCAAGUCGAGGUUCCUUCGCUUGUACCUGCUUUGCGCAAUUGUCAUCGCCGGCCUGCUCCCCAUGUGGACUUUCUUUGUGAUCAAGAACUCCCUGCCUAGGAUCACGGCAUACAGCUGGAACGAGACACACCAUCCAACCGAGUAUAGAUGGAACAGUGCCAGCUUCGAGAGUGGCGGCGGCAUAGUCCCUGCCGAGAAGAUCGUCUGGCUGGUAGGAGGGUUCCUCAUGUUCUGCUUCUUCAGCUUCGGCAAAGACGCCGUUCGUUCUUACCGCACUGCUCUGCUGGCGAUGGGAUUCGGUCGCUGCUUCCCUGCCCUCGACCCUGCCAACACACGCAAGAGCUCCAUCAGUGCAGCUAUCAGCUCCAUCGGCAGCAAGGCGAAGAUGAUGAUGGCCCGCAAAGAGUCCGACAUGUCCUCGAUAACCAACACCGUCAGUACAACAGGCACAACCACCUACGACGACAGCCCAAAGAAGAUGUCAUUCUUGGAGAGCAUCAAGGAAGAGAGGCGAGAGACCCGUCGGCUUCGCGACAUGGCGCCACCGAUGAAGAAGAAGAAGGACGGAUCUAGAUCAUUCACGCAAAUCUUCGGCAGGGGCAAACCAUCAUCAUCGUACAGCGACGACCCAUUCAUGCUGAGCAACAUGAACAACCACAUCCAAUCGAGCAUAUCGGCUGAACCAAUGUCACCAACUGCCACGAAGCACUUCCGCUCGAUGAGCAUGGGUGGACAAGACGUGCUGGUGCAGAAGGAGUUCAGACAAGCCAGCGAGACUGCUGAGACGCUGCCUCCGAAGGCAUAUGAAGGGGUAUAG